UCCAGGUAUAUAUGAGGAAAAUUUCAAGGGCGACACCAACAAGGUGCUUAACUGGAGGAAAGCUUUAAAAGAAGCAGCCGAUUUGUCUGGCCAUGAUCUGCAUGGCGCUACUUACAAUGGAAACGAGUCUAUAUGCAUUCAACAUAUUGUGAAAGAUAUAUCUAAUAAGUUGAGCCGAAAGUCAAUGAUCAGUGGCACUCUUGUGGGAGCAGAAUCACAAAUUCAAGCUGUACUUUCACUGUUGAUGAUGGAGUGUGAAGAUGUUCGAUUUAUUGGGAUUUCAGGGAUGGGUGGUAUUGGAAAGACCACCAUUGCAAGGGAUAUUUUUGAUAGUAUUUCUCAUCAAUUUGAAGGUGCUUGUUUUGUUGUAAACGUUAAAGAAAAUCAAGCUAAGCUGGGAUUGUUGUCUCUACAAAAGACUCUGGUUUCUGAGGUGUUGACAGUUGAAUCUGUGAAUAUAGCUGAUGAAUAUGGUGGAAUUGAUAUGAUCAGAAAAAGGCUUGGUUCUAAGAAGGUUUUUAGUAGUUCUUGAUGAUGUUGAUCACCAAGACCAGUUGGAUGGGUUAGCUGGACACCGUAAUUGGUUUGGUAGAGGCAGUAGAAUUAUUAUAACAGCAAGGGAUAAACAUUUGUUUCGGGACUAUGAUGGAACUUAUAGUGUCGGCUUACUAGCUGAUGCUGAAGCGAUUCAGCUGUUUAGUUGGCAUGCUUUUUGAAAUACAUCUCCUAACAGUGAUUUUAAGCAGCUCUCUCAAUGGGUGGCACAGUACGCCGUGGCCUUCCCCUGGCGCUUAAAGUCAUAGGUUCCUUCCUGUGUGGACGGAGCAUGAAGCAGUGGAGAGAUGCACUAGAUACACUGAAAGGUAUUCCGGUAGAUGAAAUUAUUUCAAAGCUUAAGAUAAGUUGUGAUGGACUGGAGGAUGCACAUAAGCAAGUUUUUCUAGACUUAGCAUGUUCCCUUAUACCAGGUCCUGCUUAUAUUAGAAAACUGUACCCUGAAAUAAUAAUAGCUGUCCUGAUUGAGAAGUCCCUCCUUUUUGAGUCAUCAUUUGAAAGGAUUGCGAUGCAUGAUUUGAUUCGAGAAAUGGGACAACGCGUUGCACUGCAACAAUACCCGAGGAAAAGGAUAUGGCUUCAUGAAGAUAUUGCUGAUGUUUUAACAGAAAAUACGGGUGUAGAAGCAGUAGAAGGCAUAUUAAUUCCAUUGAAGUCUGAUGCAGAGGAAGAUACUGUACACCUGAGCAAUGAAGUCUUUAGACAUAUGAAGCGACUAAGAGUAUUCAUUAAACCAUAUCACAUGAACUUUAUGCAUUUGUGUGCUCAUGAGCCUAUAAAUUUCCUUCCUAACAGCUUAUGCUGGUUUGAUUGGUCAUAUUAUCCUUCAGCAUCGUUGCCAAAAGAUUUUAAACCACCAAAACUGGUGGGCCUUAUUAUGCGUUGCAGUUAUGUGGUUAACCUUUGGAAGGGGUCGAAGGUAUGAUUUGACUCAUUUAAC